UGAAUAUUUGUAUUUUUAGAUUCAAUAUGAGAGAAAGAUGACCUGAGACAUGAUGGAACAGAUGUAUCUUCCCUACACUAGUUCUUCCCCCGGUCCAUACAGACACAUGGGACCAGGAGGACCACCCCAGGGAAGUAAGCUGGGAACAUAUAUGAAUAGAGGAGUCGGGGGCCCUAAUCCAAACACAGGCCAAUAUCAGGAUAUGAGCAGUAAAAUAAACAGUCUGAGUCUUGAUCCCGGGAUGAAAAUUAUGAACAGACAGUCCUCGGCUCCAGGUAGAGGUUUGUCUCCGUCUUCUCCAGGGUUUGUAAACCCACGGUUUCCUUCUCUAAACUCAGGGAUGCAAGGUCCAGGAGGCAGCAUGUAUGGGGGAGGAGGACCAAGCUUUAAACUACCAGCACCCAUUCAAUCAUAUCCUGUAGUGUACGGCCGCCCUCCGCCCCUUGGCCCACCACGCCUUAAUUUGGAUAAAGACGCCAUAUUGCGAGACAUGGAGAAAAGGACGGGUGGAGCUGCAAGUCGUCUAUCACCGACUAUGCGCCUGAAUCCUGCGGCUCAGCUACAAAACCCUCCGCCGAUGCGUCCUACGGGUAAUGUUACGCCACAGCCGAGUCCGGAACAAGAGGCUCAGGCGGCGGCAUCAGCUGCGAAGGUUACUGUAUUUUCUGAGAAUGGAACAACCUAUUUCUAUAAUCCUGAUGAAACUCUACCCAGCCAACUUUCUACAGGACAGGUUGUAGGGAACAGUUUGCUAGUUCCAAAUUGGUCUGCUUAUUCUGGUACGCCGAGCCAGGUUGUAGCCAUGAAGGUCAGGAACGCUGCGCCCACUUCGCUUCAAGAAAGUGAGACAAAGAUGGAAUUAAUAACUCGGCAAAUGAUCUGUCACACUAUACCAGAUCCACAAGAAAACCAGGAUAUUCCUUCAGAGGUUGAUAACUUCACCUCCCUGUGUCCUCUUGAACCUCCGGCCUCCUCUCCUCUACACAAAUCCUCGACUUUCAGUUACGUGACAACAGUUUAUAAAUCUGUAAAUAUUAAGACUGGGCAGCAUAUGUGUCUAAGAAGAAUACACGGAUACAGGUUGGUGAAUACUAAGUGUAUGGGUUUAGUGGAGCAAUGGAAGAAAAUGUCCCACUCAAACUUGGUUACCUUGAGACAGGUGUUUACAAGUAAAUCCUUCAACGACCACUCAAUGAUAUUUGUUUAUGAUUAUUACCCCGGGUCAGAAACUCUAAUGACGAGACAUUUCAGCAGUGAGCUGAAUCCUCAAAUUGAUCCAUACAACGGGGAUACGAGCAGACCGUAUUCUCAAAACAAGAAUCUAAUGAGACAUCAACCAGCUGCAAUCAAUAAUACAGGAUUGCUUGCGGAGGCAUUGAUCUGGAAUUAUGUAAUACAGUUAACAUCGGCACUACGGUACAUACACUCUGCAGGGUUAGCCUGUAGGACCCUGGAUCCGACUAAAAUCUUGGUUUUGGGCCGAUGUCGUCUUCUUCUUAACUGUAGCGGGAUAUUUGAUGUACUCACCUACGAUCCGAACUCAGCCAACCCUAUGGCCGCCAUGUCUGUUUAUCAGCAGGAGGACCUGGUGUCCCUUGGACGUAUUGUGCUGGCCCUGGCCUGCAACUCCUUCCACGCGAUCCAGAGGGAGCAGGUUCAGCAGAGUAUGGAGCUUGUUACCAGCAAUUACAGCUCUGAUUUACGAAACCUAAUCAUGUACCUACUGACCAAUUCACAGAGAGUCAAGUCGGUCAAUGACCUCAUGCCCAUGAUAGGUGCCCGGUUCUACACGGCAUUGGACAGCGCUAUGCAGAGAUCAGAAAUGCUUGAGCAGGAGUUAGCAAGAGAACUAGAGAGUAGUAGAAUAGUACGCCUGCUUACCAAACUCUCCACGGUAGUUGACCGGCCUGAGUUCAAUAUGGAUGUCACGUGGUCAGAGACUGGGGAUAGAUAUAUGCUGAAGCUGUUCAGGGAUUAUCUAUUUCAUCAGAUCACAGAGGAUGGAAGACCUUUUCUUGAUAUGUCUCACGUGAUCACGAAUCUGAAUCGUCUUGAUGCUGGUAUCCCAGAUCAGCUUGGUUUAAUGUCCCGAGAUGAGCAGAACGUGUUGGUGGUGACUUACUCCGAGCUCAAAAACUGCUUGGAGCAGAGCUUUGCGGAGCUUGUAGGAGCUGCUUCCAGCAAACCCAAGAAUAUUGGGUUGUAAAAUCAUCAGGGCCGCUUGCUGGCUUUAAGGAGCUCUUGGAAGCUCUUUACAAGCAGGAAAGUCUGAGACUGUUAACUUUGUUUAAGAAAGCCUUAAACCUUUUAUACCGACAAGAUUCAGGCCUACCCCUGAUCAACAGAUAUUCUUAACUUUAAAAAAAAUUCAAUAAGGGUUUAGGGGAUAGGAUUUAGCUAGUCUCAGCAAAAUUAUUUUCUUGCUAACCGGAAACUGAACCCCACGUGUUCUAUCCUUGCUAAUCGGAAAUAGAACCACACGUGUUCUAUUCUUGCUAACCGGAAACAGAACCCCACGUGUUCUAUCCUUGCUAAUCGGAAAUAGAACCCUAAUUAACCUAGACCACCAUCUUGGUUUUGAUUCAUUAAGGUUCAGCUACUAUGCCUUGAAAAUAUAAAUUUUGUAAAUUUAAACCC